AUGCGCUGUAUAUCGCGUGUUAUUCAUUUACACAUGCAUCGUGUUAGUGCACUCAAUCCUUUAUUGGGGAAAACGUUUCUUGCGUCGACGCUUACAAAUUCACGAAUAAUGGUAAAAAAGCGCACUGUUCCUGGAGCGGAAUUAACCAAGCAGAUAGUAUUAGACGCCGCAUGGCUCGCAUUUAUUUAUAUGCUGCUACUGACACUGUUUGAGCUUAUCGAGCUGCUGCGCCCCAAGCCUUCUCGGUUUCUUUAA